CGCAACUCUCACCACUCGCGGGUGAGCUCCCCCUUGGUAACACACCCCUCAAGACCACCCUUGCCCGCUGUAGCCGAGCAGGAUCCGAUUCCGACCAGCACCGAAGUUCUCUCCUUCAAGAUGGGCCGAAGACCAGCAAAAUGCUACCGUUACUGCAAGAACAAGCCCUACCCCAAGUCACGUUAUGUCCGUAGUUGCCCGGACUCGAAGAUCCGAAUUUUCGAUCUAGGACGAAAGAAGGCCAACGUCGAUGAUUUCCCAUUCUGUGCUCACUUGGUCUCCAACGAGAAGGAACAAUUGUCCUCCGAAGCCUUGGAAGCUGCCCGUAUUACCUGCAACAAAUACGUCACCAAGACCUCUGGCAAGGAUUCCUUCCAUCUUCGUGUCCGAGCUCACCCUUUCCAUGUCGUACGUAUCAACAAGAUGUUAUCGUGCGCUGGAGCCGAUCGACUCCAAACCGGUAUGCGUGGUGCUUGGGGAAAACCCUACGGUACCGUGGCCCGAGUCAACAUUGGACAAAUUCUGCUUAGUGUUCGAUGCAAGGAUUCCAACAAAGCUGUGGUCAUGGAAGCUUUGAGACGAGCUCAGUACAAGUUCCCCGGUCAACAGAAGAUCAUCGUCUCCAAGAAGUGGGGUUUCACCGAUCUUUCGCGUGCCGAUUACCAAAAACUCCGGGGCGAAGGACGUAUCAGGCUGGAUGGUGCCUAUGUUCAAUUCCACAAAGCUGCUGGACCGGUCCUCACCAACUUGUCUCGAGGUGCACCCUCCCUUGUUGAAGCCUAGUCUCAGUCCUCAACACCAUUCCCAUUGUAAUCUCGAUUGCUUUUUGACUGCAAGCUUCAAUGAACACUUGCACCAACCCUCAGCCCCCAACGAGUCGUCUUUCUUAUGCCAGCCACUGUGAGCCAUUUCGUCAUCCGUAAGGAUAGCCAUCCCGUUUAAAUCUCAUUUCCCAAACCUCCUAGGAGGUUAUAGAUGGGAAAAUGAGGGGAAACGCGGGAAAAAUUGAUCUUAACUGGGACCUCUUAUGGCUCCUCAGUACUUCUUCUUUUGCUCAAUUCUGUUCUUCUCUACCAGUCUUGGCUUCACAGAGAAGUGACAUACCUUUUCUCUUUUCCAUCUACUGUUUACCAACAUCUGACCGGGAUUCAAUGCAAAAAAUAUAUCUCUCUCCGGUU